UUUUUAAAGAAAACGACUGGACACGAGUUAAAGAGGGCGCUGCAUCGAGAGCUCGAGCUGAGGGUAAUGACCGUGACUGCUUUGUGGUAGAAAAUCCCAACAGAUAUUCCAUACUGAACGACGAAGCGACAAGCGACCAAGAAACAACAAAAUCAGCCCAAACGGAAAGUAAGAAGGAAAAUCAUCCGAGAAAGAAAAAGUCAGGUGAACGUAAAUCUGAUGACCCCACAACAGACCAUGAAACUGUAAUUGUUGUGGGAGAUUCAAUGAUCAAACACCUCGACAAAGGACGACUACGAAGAUCAGUAGCUAAGAAAGCUCUGAAAAUCUCUACGGAAUCUUACAGUGGUGCGAACUGUGAUGCCAUGAAACAUCAUAUCAGACCCUGUCUCGCUAAAAAUCCUGAUACAGUGAUUCUACACGUCGGCACUAACGAUAUGGCACAGAAAAAUGCGAAAGAAAUUGUGAAAGGAGUCGUUGAAAUUGGUAAUAUUAUCCAGAACCAAAGUCCCAACACCAAAGUGGUCAUAUCUGAGCUGAUCACAAGGACGGACACACCAGAAAACAGAAGAAAAGUGGCUGAG